GGCGCUGUGCGGGCCAUGCUGCGCGGGGCGCUGGCGGUCGCUGCCCGGCGGUGCGGGCUCGGCCCCGGCUCCAGUCCCGGUGCCGGCCGGGGGCAGGCGGGGGCGCGGCGGUGCUCGGGCGCGGCGCGGCGGCGGCAGUGGGUGCCUCCGGCGGGGCGCGACAGCGGGAUCGUGGCUUACAACAGCCGGAGCCGGAGCAAGGAGCCGCUGGUGCUGGCCACGGAAGGAGUGGCGACCUGGUACAGCUGUGGSCCGACAGUGUAUGACCAUGCACACCUCGGCCAUGCCUGCUCUUAUGUUAGGUUUGAUAUAAUUCGAAGGAUAAUGACAAGGUUUUUUGGAAUUGAAGUUAUCAUGGUGAUGGGGAUUACCGACAUAGAUGACAAGAUAAUAAAAAGAGCCAAUGAGAUGAAUAUGUCCCCAGUAGCUCUUGCACGUAUUUAUGAAGAGGACUUUAAACAAGAUAUGGCUGCCUUAAAGGUCCUUCCUCCUACAGUAUAUAUGAGGGUGACUGACAAUAUUCCUCAGAUAAUUUCCUUUAUAAAAACAAUAAUUGCCAAUGGACAAGCUUAUGCAACCUCACAAGGCAAUGUUUAUUUUGAUGUUAAGUCCUGGGGAAAAAGAUACGGAGUAUUAACUACUAUUAAUCCUGAUACCCAAGAUGAAGCAGUUGAAUCUGAUAAACGACAUGGUAAAGAUUUUGCCCUGUGGAAGGCUGCCAAGCCUCAAGAGCUAUCUUGGAAUUCUCCCUGGGGAAAAGGAAGACCUGGAUGGCACAUUGAAUGUUCCACAAUAUCAAGUGCAGUGUUUGGAAAACAGCUGGACAUCCAUACCGGUGGAAUAGAUCUUGCAUUUCCUCAUCAUGAAAAUGAAAUUGCACAGUGUGAGGUGUAUCAUCAGUGUGAGCAAUGGGGGAAUUACUUUUGGCAUUCUGGGCAUUUGCAUGUUAAAGGAAGUCAAGAAAAAAUGUCAAAGUCAUUAAAAAACUACAUAACAAUUAAGGAUUUCCUGAAGAAAUGUUCAUCAGAUCAAUUCAGAAUGUUUUGUUUGCGUGGCAGAUACAGCUCAGCCGUAGAAUUUAGUGAGGAGAGCAUGGAUGAUGCAAAGAACCUUCUUCAGGCAAUCUCCUCAUUUAUUAGAGAUGCAAAUGCUUAUAUAAAAGGACAGCUGGUGUGUGACCCUGUUAGAGAAGAUAUACUGUGGGAAAGGCUAGCCAACACAAAAGUAACUGUGAAGGCUGCGUUUGCAGAUGACUUUGACACCUCCAGGGCUGUUGCAGCAAUUAUGGACCUCAUUCACCAUGGCAACAGACAGCUUAAGGCUGUUACUAAGGAUGCUGGAUCUCCUAGAAGCUCUGUUGUGUAUGGAAGCAUUAUUUCCUAUAUAGAAGGCUUUUUCAAUGCCCUUGGGAUGUCCUUUGGAGAUAGACAGGUGGCUGUGGGAGGAGACAAGUCUGCGGUGCUCUCCAAUGUCAUUGAAGAGCUGGUGAGRUUCCGCACCAAAGUCCGUCACUACGCGCUGGCUCUGCCAGAAGCAGCAGACACUGUGCUGGUGGAGGGUACAGCAGGAGCYGAGGAACCCAAACAGGAGCAGAAGGAGAAGAGGAAGCAGUUAAUGCGGGAGAGAAARCCCCUUUUGGAAGCUUGUGACAGUCUGCGUGGAGACCUUGCUGCCUUUGGAAUCCACAUAAAGGACAGAGCUGCUGUUUCAACCUGGGAAAUUGUGGAAGGAGAGCAGAGAGAGAAGCAGACUGAGAAAAAAAGCUGAUCUUUCAUCUUUGGACUUGUUUUUUAUUUCAGCUACUUUGGCAACUGUUGUAAAUACUAAUUCUUCCAAAACAAAAUCUGUUGAAUAGAAUGGCUAAAAACUGUAGCRUGUAAUUUGAGCAAAACUGUUGUCACUAUUACUUGGUAAACAAACACAAGCCUUGCAGCACAGGUGGUGGAAGCAUCCAGAAUGCAAGGCAGCACGGGAGCAGCUGCACUGACUUACACAGAMGUGGGUCUGUUCUACUGCAGGAACUGCCCUCACCCUGUGUUGUGCUGAGUUGACCCGGGAUUUAAACAGAGCAAAGGCAGAUGGAGGAACUUAGGCCUGUCUUUAGGGUGAAGACAGUUUUAUGCCUGUUGGUUUAACAAUUCUGUUCCUCAGACAUAGUAGGAUACUUUAGGGGGGAUAUUUUUAGGCUUCGAGUAYUUCUCUAUUGCAGUGGUGCUGGUCUGGUCCUGUGAAACCUUUACCUGCAAUAUGAUGGUGUCCAGUUACCUCUGAGACUUGGUUAUCUGCAGUUUGUUUAUGCACAAAAUACACGGAGAUUUCUCUGGCACUGGGAGCACAGCACACUCAGGAUCUCUCCAUAAUUGCGAAGAUAAAAUUAGUUUGUUUAGUUUUCAGCUCUUCAGUUACCUUUUCGCUGGCUCUGGCCACUGUGGCUGUGGGCAGAGGUGCAGGAGCCUCUGUUAUACCUGAGGUGCUCUGUGUUGUAGGGUCUGUGCUGAUAUGGGGCUGGUUCUUACCAGGUACCCACACUUUCUUUCAAUCAGUUUAUGAAAAUAUAAUUAUCAAGAACUUGGGUUCAUCAAAAAGGCACUUCACUUGUGUGAUUGGUGUUUUCAAAGUAUCUAUUCAAAAGGAUAAAGGCUCUCUUUUAUACUAUUGAGAAUAAAAUGUACAGCUAUUUUUCUGCUCCCUUUCUCCAUUAUCUGUACUUCCAGAGAAAACGGGGGUGUCUCUUCAUCAGCACUGGRGCAGGUGCUCAUUUGACACAGCUGGUAUUGUACAUUUGCUGGUGGCAGUGUCGUUCUAGCAAAACAGAGUGAAUGGUGAGCAGGCAGCUCAGCUGCUGUGUGAAAUGGGAUUGGCACACACCAAACAAAGUCCAGUCAAUUUGCUAUUAUUUUUAUUUCCUACCAAAAGAAACUGCUACAUUUCCAGAAUGUUUAAAAAUUGUAACAAUUUGUAUACAUUAGUGAAUAACAGAGUUACAACUUCUGCGUACUUUAAAACCAACAUGGCAGGUUGAAAUCUGUACUGAGCUCUGUUAAUUGAUUGACUUCGCCUACAAAUGUAAUUUAGAUUAUAAUACCACUGAUGUUCUAAUUACAAGAAAAAAUUGUUUCUUUUAAAGGAAAGGCAGUAGCUGUUUUAAAAUCAGUUUUAACUUUCUGAUUUCAUUUAAAAGUAGUCAGGUUUCUCAAAUACAUUUACGGGGGGGGAAAUAAUAGCUUAAGUUUCCCCAAAGAUGUAGACAGUUUUCAAAACUGCYUAAAUUAAACACUAAAACCUCAUCUCUUAAGAGUAGUCUGUGAACCCUCAUAGAGCAAUACGAGCAAACACUUAAAAACCUAUUUUAAAAAUAGGUAACUGGUUUAAAAAGAAAAAUAAAAACGCAUCAGGGUGAGGUAGUAGUCACAGUGCAUCCAGAAAUACCAACUCUGGGGGCUGAAGGGAAAUACUUGGAGCAGCCUUUCUGAUGCUGGGUGCUUUCUGCAGGCAGCCAUUGCAAGGAAUGAGAACAGUCUGGUGUGUGACACCACAUUCUGGCUGAGAGCACUGCAGGAGUGGCUGUGCUGAACAGGUAACACCGACUGCAACAACCGGACAUGGUUAUGUCCUUGUUUCAGAGCUUUAACAAGCACAAACACUUGGAGCUGGAUUGGAGGUUCAAAGGCAGUACCCACUUACAUUUACUUUGCAUGAACUUGCCUCCCUCACCACKGGUUCAAUCCCUACAAGCUUUGACUAAAUCUCCAAAAAUGUAAAGAAUAAUCCUGUGCAAAAUCCCACAGAAGUUUCACUUUAUACCUAAUGCUUGCCUGCCCUGCCAGUGUACCAGAUCAGUGUGGCCCUGACAGUAUCCUUCCUGUCUGUCCUGCAAAGAUCAAGCAAAAGCCUCUACACUUUUUGCUCUAAAAACUCUGCUUUUUGCAGUACUAAGUACUGCACCUGAAGAUCAAACACGGAGCACCCUUUUUCUGUUCCUGCCUUUGACUGGCAGUGUACGGCUGCCUGCACACCACUAUGAGGGUACAGGUACAUGCCGGGGGCUGCCUUUUGUUCCUUCAACUUGUAUUCUGCUGCCUCAUCGCUAUCCACCUACAGAUCCGUGUGCUGGUCUGCUCUGAGCUCUAACCCAGCAGCCAACCACAGAUUUAAAAGCACUUUUGCAUGAUCAUGAGUCUGACCAGUUCUGCUGGGUAUCAUCGAGUUUCUUGCCCCGCCUAGUACCUCUCCAAAUGAUAAUUUCACAAGCUCAUCRUAGCGAAUUCCAGAUGAGUCAAGACCAGAUAAAGAAAUAGAAAAUUAUUCCUUUUUCAGGUAAGCCUAAUUAUUGUUUAAUGAAUUUUACUGCUAAGASACCUAUAGUAUAUCUUUAUUCUGUCAAGGAGGGAACCUUUUAAAAAAAAUAAGGGGUGCAUURUCCAAAUGAAUGCUGCCUCUGGACUGGGAAUGGGAAAAGGCAACUAAUUACAUUCAAAAUCUACAGCAACUCUCAUGCAUUCCCUUUCCAAAGAGGCUUGCUUUUUGCUUCUUACUAUACUAGCAUGGCAAAAAAUGAAGUGCAAUAGCUAAUUCUAGACAAAGGGUCUAAGAAUGACAAGUGACAACCUUGGUGCAAUCCAAGAAAUUCAGUUGAGCUGGUGGAAGAAUUUAAUCUAAAGAUCAAGUGCAUU